CUACCUUCCCCCUUUCCCUUCUCCUCCCCAGUCUCUUCCCCAACUCUCCCCACCCCUCGCGCUCUCCGCCCCGCUUGCCGCCUGUCCCUCCCCGCCCGCUCCAUCCGGGUCGCUGACGGCUGUCUCUGGACUGGACAGCGGCGGCUGCUGUUUUUCUCUAGGUACCCGGUAAAGUUUCACAGGAGCCAAGGAGGGGAGCCGCGGAGCAGCAGCACGGACGCCGGAGCAGCUCUGGUGUUCGUCGCCGGCGGCUGAAGGAGGAAGGUCCAGGAGCUGGAGACUUGCCUCAGCUGCCGCUUGCCUCAGCUGCCGCGCUGCCUCACUCUCUGGGGAGGCGCCGCCCCCCGUCGCCCUGGGCUUCCCCUGCCGUGAGGGGCUGGACAUAGGGAUACCUCCAACUUUCCAGUGUUUCAGAAGGAAGGUUUUUAUUGAAACUGGAAGACCAAAAGAAUUACAAACAUGUUGUGCUGGGGAAAUGCAUCUUUUGGACAGCUAGGUUUGGGUGGAAUUGAUGAAGAAAUUGUACUAGAGCCCAGAAAAAGUGACUUUUUUAUAAAUAAAAAGGUCCGAGAUGUGGGAUGUGGACUCAGACAUACUGUAUUUGUCCUGGAUGAUGGAACAGUGUACACAUGUGGAUGUAAUGAUCUAGGACAGCUGGGUCAUGAAAAAUCCAGAAAGAAACCAGGACCCUACAUCUGAGGAAUUUCAAGAGCAUUACACAAUAACUCAUGGUUCCUUUCAAAAUGCUUGUGACACAAUUUGCAAGAAUUAUCCUCACCCUUAGGGGAUAAAUUUACGGAGAAAUGGCAGCACAAGUUGAGCAGGUUGUUGCCCUGGAUGCCCAAAAUAUCGUAGCUGUUUCAUGUGGAGAAGCUCAUACAUUAGCUCUAAAUGACAAAGGCCAGGUGUAUGCAUGGGGUCUCGAUUCUGAUGGACAGCUUGGCCUGCUAGGAUCAGAGGAAUGUAUCAGAGUACCCAGUAAUAGUUAUAGGGACAAAAGAGAACUCUCCAGAGAAACAAGCUGCCUCCCGAAAAUCAUGGGUAUCGACACUCUGGUCAGAACUUGCUCCGGACUCUCAUAUGGCAGAAUCAGGUCAGGUGGCAGUAUCAGAAAUAUUAAAAGUUUGUCAGAUAUCCAGAUAGUACAGGUUGCUUGCGGUUACUAUCAUUCACUUGCACUUUCUAAAGCGAGUGAAGUCUUCUGUUGGGGACAGAAUAAAUAUGGCCAGUUGGGUUUAGGCAUUGACUGUAAAAAGCAAGCUUCACCACAGCUGAUUAAGUCUUUGCUUGGAAUUCCUUUCAUGCAAGUUGCAGCAGGAGGAGCCCAUAGUUUUGUACUCACCCUUUCUGGAGCUAUUUUUGGAUGGGGACGCAACAAAUUUGGUCAACUAGGUCUUAAUGAUGAAAAUGAUAGGUAUGUUCCUAAUUUACUAAAGUCACUAAGAACUCAGAAAAUAGUUUAUAUUUGUUGUGGAGAAGAUCAUACUGCAGCACUAACCAAGGAAGGUGGCGUCUUUACUUUUGGAGCUGGAGGGUAUGGUCAGUUGGGUCAUAACUCUACCAGUCAUGAAAUAAACCCACGGAAAGUUUUUGAACUUAUGGGAAGCAUUGUUACUCAGAUUGCUUGUGGAAGGCAGCACACUUCUGCUUUUGUUCCUUCAUCAGGACGAAUUUAUUCUUUUGGACUUGGUGGUAAUGGGCAGCUAGGAACUGGUUCAACAAGCAACAGGAAAAGUCCUUUUACUGUGAAAGGAAAUUGGUUCCCUUAUAAUGGGCAGUGUCCACCAGAUAUUGAUUCUGAAGAAUAUUUCUGUGUGAAAAGAAUUUUCUCAGGUGGAGAUCAAAGCUUUUCACAUUACUCUAAUCCCCAGAACUGUGGGCCACCAGAUGACUUUAGAUGUCCUGAUCCUUCAAAGCAGAUCUGGACUGUGAAUGAAACUCUAAUUCAAAAAUGGCUGAGCUACCCAUCUGGGAGGUUUCCUGUGGAGAUAGCCAAUGAAAUAGAUGGAACAUUUUCUUCCUCUGGCUGUCUAAAUGGAAGUUUUCUAGCUGUUAGCAAUGAUGAUCACUAUAGAACAGGCACCAAGUUUUCAGGGGUUGAUAUGAAUGCUGCUAGGCUUUUAUUCCACAAACUUAUACAACCUGAUCAUCCUCAGAUAUCUCAGCAGGUGGCAGCUAGUUUGGAAAAGAAUCUUAUUCCUAAACUGACUAGUUCCUUACCUGAUGUUGAAGCAUUGAGGUUUUAUCUUACUCUACCAGAAUGUCCCCUGAUGAGUGAUUCCAACAAUUUCACAACAAUAGCAAUUCCCUUUGGUACAGCUCUUGUAAAUCUAGAAAAGGCACCACUGAAAGUACUUGAAAACUGGUGGUCAGUACUUGAACCUCCACUAUUCCUCAAGAUUGUAGAACUUUUUAAGGAAGUUGUGGUACAUCUUUUGAAACUCUACAAGAUCGGCAUUCCCCCUUCUGAAAGAAGAAUUUUCAACAGUUUUCUUCAUACUGCAUUAAAGGUUUUAGAAAUAUUGCAUAAGGUAAAUGAGAAAACGGGACAGAUUAUACAGUAUGAUAAAUUUUAUAUACAUGAAGUACAAGAAUUGAUAGACAUAAGGAAUGAUUAUAUCAACUGGGUCCAACAGCAGGCCUAUGGAAUGGAUGUCAACCAUGGAUUAACUGAGUUGGCAGAUAUCCCUGUUACAAUCUGCACAUAUCCAUUUGUAUUUGAUGCCCAAGCAAAAACUACUCUGUUACAAACAGAUGCAGUCUUACAGAUGCAGAUGGCUAUUGACCAGGCCCACAGACAGAAUGUCUCCUCUCUUUUCCUCCCAGUGAUUGAAUCUGUGAAUCCCUGCUUAAUUCUAGUUGUACGUAGAGAAAAUAUUGUAGGAGAUGCAAUGGAAGUCCUUAGGAAAACAAAGAAUAUAGACUACAAAAAGCCACUCAAGGUUAUAUUUGUUGGAGAAGAUGCUGUUGAUGCAGGAGGAGUACGCAAAGAAUUUUUCUUGCUCAUCAUGAGAGAAUUGUUGGAUCCUAAAUAUGGCAUGUUUAGGUAUUAUGAAGAUUCCAGGCUCAUUUGGUUUUCUGAUAAGACAUUUGAAGACAGUGAUUUGUUUCAUUUGAUUGGUGUUAUCUGUGGAUUAGCAAUUUAUAAUUUUACUAUUGUGGACCUCCACUUUCCUUUGGCUUUAUAUAAGAAACUGCUGAAAAAGAAGCCAUCCUUGGAUGAUUUGAAGGAACUAGUGCCUGAUGUUGGGAGAAGCAUGCAGCAAUUACUGGAUUAUCCAGAAGAUGAUGUUGAGGAAACAUUUUGUCUUAAUUUUACGAUCACAGUUGAAAACUUUGGUGCAACAGAAGUGAAAGAGCUGGUUCUAAAUGGUGCAGACACAGCUGUUAACAAACAAAAUCGGCAGGAGUUUGUUGAUGCUUAUGUGGAUUACAUAUUCAAUAAAUCAGUGGCUUCCUUGUUUGAUGCUUUUCAUGCGGGCUUUCAUAAGGUCUGUGGAGGAAAGGUCCUUCAGCUCUUCCAGCCAAAUGAACUACAAGCAAUGGUUAUUGGAAACACAAAUUAUGAUUGGAAGGAACUGGAAAAGAAUACAGAAUACAAAGGGGAGUAUUGGGCAGAGCAUCCAACGAUAAAAAUUUUUUGGGAAGUAUUUCAUGAAUUACCAUUGGAAAAGAAAAAACAAUUUCUGUUAUUUUUGACAGGUAGUGAUCGAAUACCUAUUCUUGGUAUGAAGAGUCUAAAACUAGUCAUCCAGUCAACAGGAGGUGGUGAGGAAUAUCUCCCAGUUUCCCAUACCUGUUUUAAUCUUCUGGAUCUUCCAAAAUACACCGAAAAAGAAACUCUACGCUCUAAGCUGAUUCAAGCAAUUGAUCAUAAUGAAGGCUUCAGUUUAAUAUAACUUUGGAAAUAACUAAUCAGUUUAUUGCAAAAGCAUUAAACUAAUUAUUUGUGUUUUUCUUGUGGUGAUGAAUUCAGCAAGGUGACAGAGGUACUUAUAAUAAUUCUUACUUGCAAAAUGUUCAAUGCUAUGAGUAUUCAUGAAAGCCAAAAAAUAUUAAAGGAAAAUGAACAAACUGUGUUAAUAUUAGACUUAAUGUACAGAACCAUGGAUUUUUUUUUGCCAUCUUCCAAUAAACAUACAAGUAUUGUGAAUACAUUGAAGUUUUACUAACAUGAAUUUUAAGAGUUUGCAUAUUUCACAAAUGAUCUGGUGUGUGAAUGCAUGGAAAUGUUGCUUAAUUUUCAAUCACUGAGUGAAAAACCUUUAUCUUUGGCCUGCAAUAGUCAUUCAAUUAUUUUUUCAUUUUGUAAAUAAUGUUAAGUUUUGUAAUAAAAUAGUUAUGUUCUGAUACCA